GACAACCUGUGUGGACAUUUGGGCGACCCGACUCCUGAAAGACUCAUUCAGAGACAUUGGAUAAAUAAAGUGGACUCCAAUGGAAGCUAUUGACCAGGUUUCAGAACCAUGGAUGGACUGGAAGGAGAAGAUCCAACCUGCUCUCAUAUUCUCCUUUGCAUUUCUGAUCUGCCUGGAAGCGUGUAUGUGGGUGAGGAGCCAUGGACAGAAAAAUACUCCCCCUGGACCUUUUCCCUGGCCUUUGAUGGGUAAUGUCAUGCAACUUGGCCAAAUGCCACACCUCACUUUCUGUAAGAUGGCACAAAAGUAUGGCAAUGUCUUCCAGAUCCGGCUAGGCAGGCAUGACAUCAUUGUCCUGAAUGGAGAGUCCACCAUCAAACAAGCCCUGAUCAAGUAUGGAGCAGAAUUUGCAGGUAGACCUAACUUCACCUCUUUCCAGGUAGUCUCUGGGGGUAAGAGCAUGGCUUUUGGUAGGUACACCAACCUAUGGAAGGCUCACAAGAGAAUAGCACACUCAACCCUUCGAGCUUUCUCCACCAUAAAUACAGACACCACUAGGCUCUUCGAGCAGCAUGUGUCUGCAGAGGUCCAGGACUUGAUUAGAAUCUUCUUUAAACUGAGCUCCAAUGGCCAAUUCUUUGACCCAUACCAUGAGUGCACUGUAGCCGUGGCCAAUGUUAUCUGUGCCCUGUGCUUUGGCCAGCGCUAUAGCCAUGAUGAUCAGGAGUUCAGAGCUCUGGUUGGCAGAAAUGACAAAUUUGGUCAGACUGUUGGAGCUGGGAGCCUUGUGGAUAUCAUGCCCUGGCUUCAAGCAUUUCCAAACCCUGUCCGCAGUCUCUACAAGAGCUUCAAGGACCUCAACCAGGAGUUUUUUGAUUUUGUGAAAGAUAAAAUAACUCAACAUCGCCAAACGUACUGUCCCAACAUAACCAGGGACAUGAGUGAUGCUUUCAUAGGACACAUAGAGCAUGGGUCUGGGGCCGGAGAUGGACUGAGCAAGGACUAUGUUGAAGGAACAGUGACAGAUCUGCUGGGAGCAGGACAGGACACAAAUUCCACAGCUCUUACUUGGAUCCUUCUCCUCCUCGUCAAGUACCCUCACAUCCAGGUGAGACUGCAAGAAGAGGUAGACCUGGUGGUGGGACGGGAGAGACUUCCCAAAGUAGAGGACAAGCCAAGGCUCCCCUAUCUCCAAGCAUUUAUCUAUGAAACCCUGCGUUUCACCAGCUUUGUCCCUAUAACUAUUCCUCACUCCACCACCAGUGAUGUCCUCAUCAAUGGCUUCUACAUUCCCAAUGACACGGUGGUGUUUGUCAACCAGUGGUCUGUGAACCAUGAUCCGGACAAAUGGACCAACCCAGAGGUCUUCGAUCCUAGCAGGUUUCUCGAUGGGAAUGGACAGAUUGACCGAGACCUGACUUAUGGGGUAAUGAUAUUCUCAGUGGGCAAGAGGCGAUGCAUUGGAGACCAGCUGUCCAUGCUGCAGAUCUUCCUCUUCGCCUCCAUUAUACUUCACCAGUGUUCGGUUCUGUCCCACCCAGGAGACCAGCUCAGCAUGGACUGUAUCAAUGGCCUGUCUCUCAAACCACUGCCAUACAGGAUCUCUGUAAUAGCAAGACAUGGCGAGGGUCGCUUCAGCCAAAACUGAGCUCAGAGGAACAAGUUCACUUGGGGACAAUCAGGGGUGUCCUUAUCUUAGCCCUGUAAAGUAGAGUAUUGAACUAACCCUGGAUCACAAUCUACACAGCCGCAGAGGGAGGGACUGGAUUUGGUGCAUGUGAGUGAAGACCUAAACAUUUCAUACAAAACAACCAGAUUCCCCUUAACUCCUGCAGAACAGGUUACAUUGAGAUAGAAAAUACCAACUUACCUGCUCUCACUGACCCCCCUCAAUACUCUGUGUACAGACUGGCUGAGGGCAUCCUAGGAGAACCCACAAAGGCUGGGCAGCUCUGAGUAACUGAAACCAGGACUGAAUGAGGGGGGACGCCUGGCUCCAUUAGUAAGAGCUACUAGUUCGCCAGCUGAUAUGAACUACAACACCCAUGAUGCUAAGCCGGCCUUCUUUGGCCAUGGUGUUGGAGCAGCUCAGGAUGUACUCCAGUCUGAUCAGGGUAAUAAACACUUUCUUUACAAUCACAUUGCUUUACUUCAUGGCUCUGCGGAAGGGUGGGCAAUAAGGGGUUAACUGAGCCUACCUACCAUUAAGUAUUUUACUAAAUACUGUUUUAUA